AUGUUUAACGGCACAAAAGGGUGUUCCUCCAUUGAGUACACGGGCUCGCUCGUGACGGUCUGUAGUACCGACAGCUACCAGUCCAUCUGCGUGGAUGAUAACAACGGAAACGUCAAAUGCAACAUGACUCUUGGCAGCGCAUUCUCCAUCGAUGGAGACUUUUCUCAUUUCUUCUUACCAUACGGUAGCAUUGCAUGGAUCAGCAACGUUAUCGGAUGCUACAUUUGGUUCUGCAUUAUGUCCGGCAAUGCGCCCAUCAAUCCAACCCGAAAGAUUAAGCACAAAACACUCGUCUGCUUGGGAGGCUUCGCGUACGCUAUAAUUCUGGUGGUAGUCGCCGCCAUCAAAGUCCCCAAGAUGAAGGACCGAAACCUUAAGCUCAUUGUCAUCGGACACGUUGUUGCUACAGUUAUCAUCCAGGGGGCUAUUCUUCAUAUGAUGAAGAGCAAUUACAUGGACGUUAAGGAGAAUACGAAGAACAAUAACGAAGAUCAACCCGUUAAAGAGAAACUCAACGCGACUGUAUCGACCGACGCAAUGGACAGUGUUCCCUCCCGUCCCUCGACAGAGUCCACGCGGUCGAACACCUCAAUGAGUACAGCGGUAUCAAUUUCAGAAAAGCCUGGAUUUCUGGAACGUUUUACCAGCAAGAUCCCAGGAGUACAGACGGCUGAAGAAGUUCCCGUAACUGAGACCACUGGUACAGAAACUCCAAAGAAAGAGGAGACAGUAGGAGAGGGACUUGCGAGUAUGAUGUUAGGCCUGGCAUUCCUGUCUCCCGGCCACUUGAUGAUGUUGUGCGGCGCAAUGCACCUUGCGAAAUGCAUCUUCGUGAACCGAGAGAACAACGACACCAGACAACAGCGCGAAACCAGAGACAGCCUUAUUCUUUUUGGUAUUAUCUACGGGUUGGUUCUCGUCAUCAACAUUGCUUGCAUCCUAAACUAUUUUCCCCAGGCUGCCGCGAAGUCUCAGAACGAAGAGAGCGUCGAUAACGAGGAAAAUGAGAAGAGGCGCGCCGCCGAAGCAAAGAAACUGAGGGAAACAGUGUUGUUCGCUGUAGGAGUACUGGCUGGGCUUGUUACCGAUUGGUGUCGAUAUUUUGUGCUUGCUGCGGCGGCGAAGGACACACAUGGGCUUAUGCAUCUUGGGGAUGUUUCGAAUCUCAGCCUGAUAACUUUGAUUCUGUCCAAGUUGUUCGUACUGGCCUGUUAG